GUUUGUCCACAAUCGUUACGUAACCACCCACACACUCUGCACGGGAACUUGUAUAAGUAAGAGAGACAACAAGGUAGCAGACAUUUGGAUCUGGAGGCGUUCAGGAUGGAGAACGGCUGCUGGAAACUGACCCUGACCCUGGUGGUGUUGCUGAUCAGCACGUAUGCAGAAGCUUCUUUUUCCCGGCACAUGGAUGACUUCAUCAAGGCGGUGAAGCGGGUGGAGGUCAGGCACGCCGUGUCGGAGCCGGUGGCCGUGUUGAGGAGUCUGCGGCGGGCGGCGGGCCUCAAUGAUGCGUUCAUCCAGCACUUCCUGGGUAACGCCGACGCUGGAUCUAAAACUGUCGCUCGACUCUCAGCGUACUUCAAGAAGGCCGUGAACCACAGGGUGACUGAGGACGCCAAAGAGGAAGGCGUGGUUCUGACUCCUGACGGCACUACUGUCGCCCUCACGCCGCUCCUCCUGGGCAUCGAGGCCGGUCUCCUCUCCAGGUCAGCGGGGCGCGUUCGGGGUCUGUACCAGCUCACUCUGACCAAAGACCUGCACAGCUCUCGUCUCCCGCAGCGUCCAGGACCUGACGGCUGCUGGGACAGCGUCACCUCCCCACGAGUCUUCACCCUCCUGGACAGCCCCUCCGCCCUCACCACGGCUCAGAUCAACGGAGGCAUGGACGGCGUGGUUCUGGGGAUGGAGGUCUCGAAACAAUCCAAACAUCCCCUCAAGCUCAGCAGCCUGCUGACGGAGUACUACAGUCAGCAGCUGGACAGCAGGGGGCUGGACGCCGCCCCGCGCCUCAUCAGCAGACGCCGCAGGGAGAACUUCAGAGGGUUAGUCGCCCCCCCGCUGCUUGUCAGACAGGUGGUGAAGACAGCGGAGCUGCAGCGGAGACUGAAGGGACCAUCAGAGAUGGAGGCGAAGGAGAAGAGGCGGCUGGCGGCUGCGGUGAAGGAGGGAAUCAAAGAUUUCGUCCACGUGUUUAUGGAUUGUCCACCCAUCAUCCCUCGCUGUAUGUGGGGUGCAGAGCCGUACAGAGGGACCCCCACCAACCUGUCCCUCCCGCUGUCCUUCAUGUUCGUCCACCACACUCACACUCCCAGCAAACCCUGUGUGACCUUCCAGCAGUGCUCUGCAGACAUGCGCUCCAUGCAGCGCUUCCACCAGGAGGACAGAGGCUGGGACGACAUAGGAUACAGCUUCGUCGCAGGCUCUGACGGCUACAUCUACGAGGGCCGGGGCUGGCUCUGGCAGGGGGCCCACACCCUCGGACACAACACCAUAGGCUACGGGGUCUCUUUCAUCGGAGACUACGCCGCCAGUCUUCCCUCCCAGCACGCCAUGGGGCUGGUGAGAGAUCGGCUGGCGUCCUGUGCUGUUGACGGUGGGAGACUGAACGCCAACUUCACCCUGCAGGGACACAGACAGGUGGUGAACACUUCCUGUCCCGGAGACGCUCUCUUUAACGAGAUCAGAGGCUGGGAACACUUUGGGGAGGUCAAGAAAUCUGCUUAACAAGAGGAAGAGCUCUGCAUAAAAAUCAACACAAUAAAUAUUUGUUUUAUUUUUAUG